CGGGGAAAACUGCACAAAGUUGAAAAAUAAUUGCGGAAACAUGUUUGGCGCACUUUUUCUGUUCAGUCUCAUUGCAGCUGUUACUGUCCUGGUCACUAGGGGUUUGUUCCGUUGUGAUUUGUAUUUUCAAAACAGCAAUUAAUUUUAAAUGUUUCGGGCUGUUUUUUCUUCUUUCAGACGCGAUGUCAGUUCCACAAAUUGGUGCACAGUUUGGUGAGAUUCACAACAACGGUACUGGAUCCAACGGUAAUAAUGGCCCAGUUGCAAUCACACCGUACAGCAAUGGUUCAUCGUCAUCAGUACCUGGAAGUGGUUAUCCUGGUGGAUAUUAUGCAAACCAUUCGAAUGAAAGUUCGCCGACAUCACCAUCAAUGAGUGGCGAUUCGUUCAAUUUACAAAACUCUUCUAUAGCUACAACGAAUUGCGAUUGUUCACAAGUGACGAAUGCACAAGAAGUGGCUCCAACCAACGCCGCUGCAACGGAAAGUCCAAGCAAUGGCGAUACAUCAAGCUCAAGUUCCAGAAAAUAA